AUGGCCGACCCGAACAUACAACAGCAGCCCGUGCAGCAUCGCUCGGCGUGUGCUGAGUGCCAGCGAAGGAAGCAGAAAUGCAACCGUCAAUGGCCUUGCAACCAGUGUCAGAAGCGCAAGGUCGCAUCCAAGUGCGCCUUUUCUCAUUCUGAACCUUCUUCCGUUGGCGAGAACCGGACCACUGGCUCGACCAGCCAGAAGCGUUCGGCUGAUUUCGAGGACGAUGACAACGACAAUGAUUCUUUGGGAGAGGACGACGAUAUUGACGCCGACGCAUUCAGCAAGAUGGGAUAUCUGGCAGGCUCGCUGGUUUCUGAUCUGCUUAGCAAGACCGUCAUAAGCAUAUUCUUCAACACAGUCAAUUACCACUACUAUAUCAUUUACCCUCCGGUUUUUCUCGAUCAGUAUCAAAAAUGGUGGGAUGCUAGACUCGGAAGCCAGCCUCUGUCCAUCGAAUGGACAGCCCUUCUUGUCAUUAUCUGCUCCGUCACGACGCAACACUUGGACGCCGACACCCGCGCCAAGAUUGAGACAGAGAUGGGCGACUCGGUCGACAACCUGUCGGUGUCGUAUCUUGAUUUAACCCGCAAUCUAUCGACGGCAAUCCCUAUCGGCAGUUACCACAUCCUCAACAUCCAGCGUAUGCUGCACACAAUCUACUGGUUCAAGUCGGAAGCUCGAUUCCCAGAGGCAUACCUCCUCAUUUCAGAGGCCGUGGGCGAAGCUACAGAGCUAGGUCUUCAUAUCGAAGCACGAGCGGCAGGCCUUCCCGAGUUCGAACGCGAGAUCCGCCGACGUGUCUGGUGUGUGCUGGACACGUGGGACUGGCAAUUCGCCUCGGGCCUCGCACGACCAACAUUGAUCGACCAUGGAACUUCCAGUGUGGCACAGCCGACCCUUUCCUUGGAGGAAUUCACCCCUUCGCCGCUUUUACACAUGAAGCUUCAGUCGGAAGCAAUCGCGCUGUUGGCUUCCCGGUUCCAGGCGCCAAAAAAUGUCGUAACCCCUAAGGAUAUUCAGGAGUACAAGGGGAUCCUCGAGACGUGGAUUCGCAACUUCCCGCCCGUUUUUUCAACCACCCAGCCAGACGAGUCCAAAGAUUAUGGGAGCCCAUGGAUCACACAUCAUAGAUUCUAUCUCCACACAAUGGCGUACCUUAUGAUUCUGAACCCUAUCCGGCGGUACCUGGCGCAGACCUUUUCGCCGGAGACCCCGCAAGAAGAGCAUGCAAUUCGACAAUUUGGCGUAGACUACUCUCUUCUCAACUUGGAGACUACCACAGAAUGGGCCAAAGUUGCGUCCCACCGCGAUGGCCGGUUUCACUUUAUCAUCUUUUCCCUCUUUGAUACUGUCGCAGUCUUGUCGGCGGCGAUUCUUAAUGACAAGGAUAACUCCAUCCCGAAAAGAACCGAGAUCAUUGACGCGAUCGACGAAGCUCUCAUCACACUCAAAAAGAUCUAUAACUUAUCAAAAACUGCGAAGCAGUCCUAUGACAUUCUGUCCCAGCUCGUUCGACGAAUUCCCCGCAGACGGUCCGCUCAAUCCAAGCGAAAGAGGUUCGGAGAGGUUCCUCAAUUCGUGGCUGGCCAGGCCUACGGCGCGCCAGCCCUGAUCCAAGACCCUACCGUGUACCUGAAGCCGCCCUCCUUAAGCUCAGACACGACCACCAGCCCACCAAGCCAGUUCUCUAGCAGUGAGAGCGCUGAAAGCGGCUCUACUCCGCAAAGCAAUCACAUCCCUACUCCGGAGUACCAGCCAGCCUACUUGGAGCCCCAGGUGCAAGAGCCUCUCGCGCCCGCUUACCCCACGGCGCAGCAACCCUGUAACAUGGACGCUCAUUAUGCGGCUCAUCAUGCGCAGGCACUUGGACAAUCGCAGCAACUCCUAUAUAUGAACCCUGCUCAUGUUUCCCCAGCGUCGCUACAAAGCCACAAUCCCCAGCCCCAGCGACCUGUUGAUAUAUUUACAGGCAUUCCGGCAGCUGAUGGCCACAUCCACCCGAUGCCGUUCGAGCCCAUCAAUGAUGAUGUAAUGGGCGACUUUUCAAUGCUCUGGAAUUGGAGAAGCCUGAACCUUCCAUUCAUCUCCUCCCAAAUCCCACUACCAGGACAGACCGAUUAA